AUGGCAACAGUCCUGGACCCUCAGGUGGACGUGGAAGUUGAGGAGUGCCUCAUAAUGAAAGUGGAAAAGGACUCAGAGUGGACAUCGGAGCCCAUUCUGGACCAGUCAGGCAGCACUGAAUGUGAGUCCUUUCGUAAAUGCUUCAGACAGUUCUGUUAUGAGGAUGUGACGGGACCCCAUGAAGCUUUCAGUCAACUCUGGGAACUCUGCUGCCGGUGGUUGAAGCCAGAAAUGCGUUCCAAGGAGCAGAUCCUCGAGCAGCUGGUAAUUGAACAGUUUCUCACCAUUCUGCCGGAGAAGAUUCAGGCUUGGGCACAGAAGCAGUGUCCAGAAAGUGGAGAGGAGGCGGUGGCCCUGGUAGUUCAUUUGGAGAAAGAGACCAGAAGAUUGAGAAAACAG